AUGGUGAUCAAAUGGAUCUUGUUCGACUGCGACAACACUCUUGUUCAAUCAGAGAAUGUGAUCCUCAAAGCCAUAGCAACUACUCUCAAUGCACAACUGGCAUUGAAUGGGAUCGACCACCGCUACACGCCUGAGGAGCUGAAAGAGCAGCAUCGAGACUUGACAGCACGAGGCAUGGCUGUGAAGAUGAUGAUGCGUUUUCGCUUUCGACUGAGAAAGUAUGAGCUGCGAGACGUGGCUGCCGAUGUGGAGGACCAGGUGAUCGCCAAGUUGAAGGAGGGUGCAGAGCCUUGCCCGGGUGUCUUGGAAGUCCUGGCCAAGCUCCACGAGGAAGACGAGUACACACUCGCGGCCGUCUCGUGUUCGUCUUCAAAGGCCUGCCUUGAAGCCGCUCUGUCAAACUCUGGCCUCGACCAAUUCUUCCUUGCGAAAGACCGAUUCUCGGCAUUGUCUAUCGCAACAACCACCCCAGUGACCAAGCCGGACUCGGCGAUCUACCGUCACAUCCUGGAUAAGUACGACGCAAAGCCCCAUGAAUGCAUGGUCAUACAAGACACUGUUGUUGGUGCCUCCGCUGCGGUUCGAGCAAGAAUUCCCGUCAUGGGCUACGUUGGCGGUUGUGCAACCGAUGAAGAAAAGCACGCGGCGAUACUAGAGCUCGCUAUGGCCGGCUGUAAAAGUGUCAUGUGGGAUUGGAGUGACUUCGACAAGGAGUUUGAACGCCUGCAGGAGCAGAUCAAGAAAUAA